AUGGGAGCCUCAACAGUUGCUGUAAAACCAACACAAGCUGCAGAAGUUGAAAUACAGGCUGCACUCUCCAAGAAGACACCACUACCACAUACAGAAAAGAAGAAAGUAGCCUCAGGAAGUACAGAAUCUAUGUCAUCUCCUGCUGAAGUGGUACCAAGUACUUCAAAACAGCGAGGUCGCAUAAAUUCUGCAGAAGGUCAUGACAGAAGGAGCGGCGGUGGCACCCGGCUGAAGGAGCGGCCGAUGCUGAUCGUGAGGGUCAGCGACGACGAACAGCUGCGCCGUAUCUACGAUUUCGGAGACGAACUCGGCCGCGGACGAUACGGGGUGGUCGUGCAGGCUCGCGCCCGCCUCACUCGCAUGUCCUGGGCCAUCAAGGUCAUCAACAAGAGCCAGGCCAAGUACCCUGGAAUGAAGUUGGUGGAUCGAGAAAUUAGAAUCUUGCGCCUCAUUACGCAUCCAAACAUUAUCCACUUGGAGAAGGUCUACGAAUCGCCAAAGAAGCUGUACCUGGUGUUCGAACUUUGCUCGAGCACUCUGGCUCAGGAGUUCAGUGAGCGCCGGCAGUUCAGCGAGGCGGACGCCCGCGAGGUGAUCCGCAAGCUGGCCAGCGCGGUCGCCUACCUCCACAGAAACGGCAUCGUGCACAGGGACCUGAAGCUGGAGAAUAUCCUGCUGACAACGAACCCGGCCGACCCGGAGGACAAACUCUACAUCAAGGUGACUGACUUCGGGCAGAGCGUCGUCCGAAGCGGAGUCGCCCACGACCAGAUGCUGCACGAGCGCUGCGGCACCAUGGCCUACAUGGCGCCCGAGGUGCUGGAAUCGCGAAUGUACUCGCACCAGUGUGACGUCUGGUCCAUGGGCGUCAUCACGUUUGUGCUGCUCGUCGGCGAGUUCCCAUUCACCGGUGACAAUCCCGACCAGCUCAAACAGCGAGUACUCAACGACGAACCUCUAUUUGUCAGCAGGCCUGGAUAUGCAGGGAGAACAAACAUCAGAGAAAAUCCAGGAAAUCUGGCUACAAGACAGGCAAUGCUCAUAUUCCAGGUCAACAUCUUGUAA